AGAGAGGGAGAGAGAGAGAGUAAUCUAAUACAUGUGUAGUGUGAUUAAAGGAAGAGCUUCACCGCUGUUGACAUUUCAGAUGAAUGUGAGGCUCCGAGAAAAGGAUAUUAAACAGAAAUCUGAAAAAAACCACGCAGAAGAGGAAGAGAAAGGGUUAAAAGUCCAAAUCUAUCAGAGGGAGCUCUCUCUCUCUCUCUCUUUCCCUCUCUCGUCCUCCGCUGCCGCCUCUCUCUCCACCUGUUAGUGCGAGCCCUGAUGUUUCACAUCCACCUGUUUGUGUAGGAAUCUCCUCCACUCACACAAUCAGAGACUCUAUGACGGUGCGGAGAGGAAAGAAGCUCAGCAUCUCCAUCCAGGAACACAUGGCCAUUGACGUUUGCCCCGGCCCCAUCAGACCCAUCCGACAGAUCUCCGCCUACUUCCCCCGCCUGUCCCCCACCUCCCCCGGCCCCGUCUCCCCGAACCCUGCCUCCUCCCCCCUGGCUCUCAGCCCUGGCUCCGUGGCCUCCGGGAUGGGCGGGGCUAACCUGCUGUCUCCUCUGCUGGCCCACGGCCGGACUGGUGGCGGCGGCUCUUUGUCACUGACCAGCAGUGUGGACACGUCGGUGGAGAUCAACAGCUCCGACAGUGACGACUGCACUGCUCUGGGAACGCUGGAGUUUGAGCUGAGAUACGAGCAGAGCUCCAGCGAGCUGCACUGCACCGUGCUGCGGGCCAAGGGUCUGAAGCCGAUGGACUUUAACGGUUUGGCCGACCCGUACGUCAAGCUGCACCUGCUGCCUGGAGCCUGCAAGGCCAACAAGCUGAAGACGAAGACGAUCCGUAACUCUCUGAAUCCGGUGUGGAAUGAAACGCUCACUUACAUCGGAAUCACAGAAGAAGACAUGCACAGGAAGACGCUCAGGUUGACGGUGUGUGAUGAAGACAAGUUGACUCAUAAUGAGUUGAUCGGAGAGUCUCGUGUUCCUCUGAAACGAGUGAAACCAAACCAGACCAAACACUUCCACACCUGCCUGGAGCACCCGCCCCCGCUCCCAUCUCCAACCGCCAUGGGAGAAGCUCUGCGAGGAAUCUCCUGCUACUUAAGAGAGUGGGAGAACGAGCAGUUGCACAGCCUCGAGGAGAGAGGUCGCCUCCUGCUGUCGCUGCAGUUCCUGCCUCCGCUGAACGCCGAUGGCGGAGACGUGGAUGCUGGCGGUGUUGGCAGCGAAGGCCGGCGCGGCGGCGGGCUCUGUGUGGGCGUGAAGCGCUGCGCUCACCUCGCCGCCAUGGACGUCAACGGCUUCUCCGACCCCUACGUCAAGAUAUAUCUGAAGCCAGAUAUACAGAAGAAAUCCAAACACAAAACAGCCGUGAUGAAGAAGACGCUGAACCCUGAAUUCAACGAGGAGUUCUUCUAUGAGAUUUCUCUAUCGGAGCUCAGCAACAAAACUCUGGAGGUGACGGUGUGGGACUAUGACCUGGGACGCUCCAACGACUUCAUCGGCGGCGUAUGUCUCAGCUGCCACUCGCAGGGCGACGGCCUGCGUCACUGGAUGGACUGUCUGAAGAACAAAGGCAGCCGAGUGGAGCGGUGGCACAUCCUCACCAACGAGCUGCCGCAAACCUUCAGCCACGACUAGGGCCAAGGCCUGAGGUCAGAGGUCACAGAGAUCCUCGUCAGUGGGACGAACUCCAGCAGUAACUCACAGGAAACAUGUAUUAUAAUGACGGUGGAGAGCCGGAGGAGCAGCAGCAGCACGCGGUGUGCCUUCAUUACUGAUCACACACACACACACACACACUUACAGGGUAAGAGCGAUUCUGACGAGGACUCAUCGCAGCGUCACACCUUAAACUAAUUUGCAUGUUUUCUUUAUUGAAGAAAAAUUAGUUCCCAAAAGAGAGACAUUUGUGUUAUUAGCUCCAUAUUUCAGACUUUCUUUACAAGAGCAAAAAAAUGUGUAUUUAGCAUUUAAAUCUUCUGUUUCAUAUCGAUUGAAACCAACGAUAACCUUAUUUUAUUGGCGGCUGUAAAUCUCUUUAACUUACCUCUGACAGGUACAGAUCCCUCCGGUAAAGAUCAAAGAUGAGACUGAUGGCAGGACGUAGAGAAAAAUCGGUUUUACCGAUUUUUUUACCAAAAAUCAGUAAAAAUUUAAAUCAUGUGUUUCAUAAGUAACAGGUUGUAAAAUGUAGGGUUUUAUUUGAACCCCAGAGACUGCCGUGAAUCUCUUCACUGUACCUCUGACGGAAGUAGAACAAAUCAGGUUUCUGGUAAAGAUCGGGUAGUGACACUGACGACCAAAAAUCUAAACAAAAUCUAAAUGUCAGGUUGUUGUCAAACCCUGAAACUAUUAACGACAGGACGACAUAUAGAAGAGGCCUCAAAUAACAGGAAGUAGAAUAAAUCGGGUUUCCGGUAUAGAUCGGGUAGUGAAAAACACUUAAUAUUCUGUUUCAUGACUGUUAAAAUCAACGAUAACAGUAUUUUAUUUAAACACCAGAAACUGACUUGAAAUUGCUUCAAAUCACCUCUGACAACAAGAAGCACAAAUUGGGUUUCAGGUGUAAAUCGGGCAGUGACAGACAUUAAUCAUCUAUUUCAUAGCAAGUAAAACCAACUUCACCGUAAUUUUAUUUGAACCCCAGAGACUGCCACUGGUGUAAAUCUCUUCAACGUACUUCUGACAGGAAGUAAAAUAAAUCGGGUUUCUGGUAUAGAUCAGGUCGUGACACUGACGACCACAAAUCUAUUAAAAAAAUGAAAUGUCAGGUUGGUGUGACACCCUGAAACUAUUAAGAAGAGGAUGACACAAAGAAGAGACCUCAAAUAAUAUACGAGGACAGGUUGUAGAAUAAAUCAGGUUUCCAGCAUAGAUCGGGGAGUGACAGGCACUAAUCUUCUAUUUCAUAACACAUAAAACCAACUUUAGCAUAAUUUUAUUCAAAUCCCUGAGACUGCCGUGAAUCUUUUCAAAGCGCCUCUGACAGGACAUAGAAUAAAUCAGGCUUUCGUUAUGGAUCAGGUUUACCAUCGGGUAAACAUUUCAAUAGUCUAUUUCAUAACUGUUAAAACCAACAAUAACCUUAUUUUAUUUAAACCCCAGAGACUGCCGUGAAUAUCUUCACUGUACCUUUGACAGGAAGUAGAAUAAAUCAGGUUUCCGGUAUAGAUCAGGUAGUGACACUGACAACAAAAAUCUAUACAAAAUCUAAAUGUCAGGUUGGUGUCACACCCUGAAACUAUUAAGGAGAGGACAGCACGAAGAAGAGGCCUCAAAUAACAAACAAGGAAACAACAUAGAAUAAAUCAGGUUCAUGGCAUAGAUCAGGUUUACCGUCGGGUACAAUUUUAAAUAAUCUAUUUCAUGACUAUUAAAAUCAACGAUAACAUAAUUUUAUUCAAAUCCAAAAGACUGACGUAAACGUCUUCAAAGCACCUCUGACAGCAAGACGCACAAAUCGGGUUUCCGGUAUGAAUCGGGCAGUGACAGACAUUAAUCAUUUAUUUCAUAACAGGUAAAACCAACUUUAACGUUACUUUAUUUAAACCCCAGAGACUGCCUUGACUCUCUUCAAUGUACUUCUGACAGGAAGUAGAAUAAAUUGGGUUUGUACGGUAUAGAUCGGGUCAUAGAUGCGUCAGCAACAUGAAAAGAUGAAUAAAAUAAUAAAAUUAGCAGCUUCUCGUUACAUAUCGCUCAAACCCGAAUAAAAUGUUCUUGCCAUCUCUCCGCUCUCGAACGCACCGUUUCUAUUGCACUCCUCGACGAGACUGUGAAAAAACAAACUGCAUCCUGAUGAUAAUGAUGAUGAUAUGGUUCUUCCUUGGUGUUGCAUGAUGCAAUAUGUUGAUCUACUUGUUUCUAUCUCUAUACUCCCCCUGCCUGUUUUCUAUAAAGUGUUGAGACAUGAUGAGACAUUCAGGUACGCCUCAGAUUCUUCAGUUUACGGUGUUCUUUCUUCUUUUCUGCACGACUGAAUGUACGAACGUGGCUUUCUAUACUGUUGUUUACACUGAUCUCGUGCUGUACAGGUGUUCUUACAUUUCUAUCAGCUGUUUUAUGUACGAUGCAACAAUAAAUUUGGAAUGCAACACAAA